AAAUAGAAUAUCGUUGUCUUUUGUUGUAUUGUAUAUGAUUUGGUAUAUGAAAUAUUACAGUGCGUCAAAUUGACCAUAAGAAUUAAUAUAUUGUAUCAUUUAAAUAUUUUAAUAUGUAAUGGCCUUAUACAGGUUAUUUAGUACUCAGGUGGAAAUUCAGUAUAAAAGUUACUUGUUAUCAAAGGCCACUUUUUUUACUUUAAUAACCACAUUGUUGAAUAUAAUUUUGCCUUUUAUUAUAGCAUAUAGAAGCAGAGGUUUCUGGUUAAAGUCCCACAGUUUCUUUGAACAGCCUUUAGUACACUUUACCUACGAGUACUUACUAACAGCAGAAACACAAGACCCCAGCCAAUCUAUAAUCUGCAGUGGAAUACAGGGUCUUGAUGAAAAUGAAGUUGGAGAUAGAGACAAAUGUGUUACUAUUGAGGUCGAGGAACACGAUUUUGACGAUGACGGUAAAAGUGAUUCUUUGCAACUGAAAUUUCAACUUGAUGUGCCUCCAGACAAAAUAUUGGUCUCAUUUAUAUUAAUAUUGGGGUUAAAUUUUCAAUUAAAGACUGUGUGUCCCAUGCACAUGCAAAAUCUUGCGGUAGUAUCAAAGGAUUUCGUGAGCGCUCCGUCGAGCUACAAUUAUUACGGCGACUUACAAUUAUAUCAAACAUCACAUCUUCCUUGUUUUUGGGGUCAUAAAGACAUUAAAUACAACAAUUCCUUGCUGAAUUUUUCAACGUGGCAUGAUGGAAAUAUGGCAGAUUUUAUUUUAAAAGAAUAUUUUAAGAGAGAAGUUACAAUUCAAACUAAAACUGUGUAUGAAAGAAUUCAGUAUGCGCACACAGACACAAUGGAAAUUAGAAUUAAUCUCAGAAUACCCGAAAUGCAAUUCAGAUACACCCCAAGCAUACUACAAGAGAUCAAAUGGGCCUGGCCGCAGUACCUAUCGAUCGUGGUGAUAUUCUAUUGGCUCUUUAAUAAAGCAAAAACCUUUGUAUUCAGAAGACGGAUGUUUAUGGCUUGGGAAAUAAUACCCUGGAAAAUAUCAAAAUAAUUUAUCCUAAAAGAAAAUUAAAGCAAUGUCAUGCUUGAAGUAAUAGCAACGAAUUUAUCAACCUACAAAACAAUCGGUAUGAAUGGAAAGUACUCAAUAUAAUUUCAUAAUAAAAAUAUUAGGUUUAACUAAUGUCCAUAUGAUUAUAUUAUCUUACCUUCCUUCAUCAUAAUUCACAAAUCAAUCAACAAGGAGCAAGACACUAGAAUAUGCUAUAAUUCUUUUUGUCUUGGGGUUGAAAAUAUUUAAAUACUGAAAAGGUUCAUAAUUGUAUAUAAAAAGCUUGCUAAAUUAUCAGUGAGUGUUCAUAGGUGUGAAAUGUUA